AUGUCACAAACGAGCGGAGCUGCGCCAGACGACGUGGCCAGGUCUCGAAAGAGUCGCGCCAUCAACUCAGUCACCAAACAAGCGCAGGAAGUCCUCAAAGAAGAUUACGAAAAAGCCAGGAAUGUCGCGUUUGCUGCGCUCAAGAGUCGAGCAUACCUCUACCCGAUCAAGGGUGUCGUAUAUUUCCUCACCCACCGCUCACUAUGGAAGCCCUUCACCUCUUGCCUUCUGCCGUAUCUCACCCUCUCCGCCACCGUCAUCGGCAUCAUGUUUGCCUUCACCUACAUCCCGCAACUGGCCGUCCUCGUCUUUGUCAACAGUCCCUUUGCCGUCAUAUCGACGGUGCUUCUCGUCUUGAACGAGUCCUCAGCAAUAACAAACGUCGUCUCCCGCGUCUGGAUACUGCAUGACGCACUGCUUGAUACCUUUGACGGCACACUCGUCGCUCGUGACGCAACCGCCGUCGUCAGGGAAGGGCGUGAGAUUAAAGCAGGAAGCGAUCCUCUGCAGCGACUGGGAAAAGUACUAAAGAGCCCCCUGGUAAAGUUGGGACCAAAGGCCGUGGUUCGCUACCUCAUGUACCUACCCUUGAACUUCAUCCCUGUUGUGGGCACCGUCAUCUUCAUCCUUCUCCAGGGUCGCAACCGGGGCAAACUUGUUCACAGUCGCUACUUUCAACUCAAGAAGUGGUCGAGCUCUCAGCGCUCAGAUUGGCUUCAUAAGCACACUGGCCCAUACACAUCAGCGCCACCGGAGCCUGCCUCUCGCUUGCUAACUCCUCCCCUCAGCUUCGGCCUGGUGGCUACGCUCCUUGAGAUGAUCCCGCUCGCCUCCAUGUUUUUCACCUACACGAACACGGUCGGGGCGGCGCUAUGGGCUGCGGAUAUCGAGGCGCUCAAUACCUCCAUGACACAUGACACGGCGCCGAACCUGCGGGCGGCUGCGAAAAAGCUUGACUGA